AUGUCUCUCUCAGUGCUUUCUUCCGAUAUUCUUCAUGAAGUUUUUAAAUAUUUCAGUGACCCGACAACACUUUAUUCUUUGGCUCGUGUUAACCAUUUGUGGAAUUAUAUAGCGAUUCCUCUAUUAUGGCGACAACCAUUUGAAAUAGUUACUCAAGAACGAUAUCAUAAGAUAAUUCAAACUUAUGCCAUCUGCCUUCCAGACAGUGCCAAAGCUCGCUUGGUAUACGCAGGAAUAAAGCUGGUUAAUCACCCUCAACCGGCUUUCGAUUAUCCGAAAUUUCUACAGAACUUUGACUCCGAUAAGUUCCGUCAAGCUCUAAACUUGUGGAUGGAAAUAACAAUAAUGAACGGGCUUUAUGAAGACCCACUUAAUGUUUUCUGCAGGCCUUUUAAGAAAGUUCUUGGACCCCUAGUCAAAGAUUGCUAUAUAACUUACCCGAAAAAUAUAUUUCACAGAGUAUUAAAUAAAUGCCUGGAGCCAGCAGUAAAGGAUUAUUAUUCUCAACACCCCAGAUGCAGCGUGACAAAAGAAAUCACCCAUCUGAUAUUUAGUCGGUGUAAUAGAUUAAAAAGUCUCAAGGUUUACAUUGGCGACGAGCAUACCUUAUCAUUAAUGGACAUGAACUUUGCUUUACUUACCGAGCGACACAAUGCCCUGUUAAAUCUUCAAAGAUUUGAGUUGACUAUAAGAACCCCUCCUUUGCACGGAGAACAGAACUUUCAAGAAAAUAAUGACAUCUUAACAAAUCUAUUUACGAUGAU